CGGAAGAUAUGUGAUAUAACGACGCUUGGGAACGUGUCGUUAACGGUGGGAAAAUGAUUUCCAAAACGGAAAUCUGAACGGUCGGAUCUCCAACGCUCUUUCAAAACAGGGGAGAGGGUCGAUACGGUAAAAGAGGACCGAUCGCCGACGAUUUUCGACUCGUUGUGUUCCGCGGUUGACGUACCUAAAGAAAUGUUAAAAGUUUACGUGGAGCCCGACGAUCGCAAGAGGCGCGCGUCCGCAGGUCAUUCGAGGGUUGAAUUAAAAGUCAGAAGUGCAGGUGCGAGGACGAUCCUGGCUAGGAUUUCUCCCGGCGACCGACGGGGGCGUAGCGAUCGUCGCGGAGUUUGGGGGCGCGGGUACGCCGGGCACCCGCGUCCGGACGAGCGUUCAAACACCGCGAAACGCGGAACGGAGCUGGCAGCGCGACGACGUAAACUUAUUAACGGAGUGCUUAUAAAAACCGGCAGCAAUAGCGGACCGAUCGCAAUAGCGCGUAAUAUCGGUGUUCGCGUUGUGAAAUCUUACAUUGGAAUUUUUUACAAGGGCGCCUCCUGCGUCAUGGGGAUGUUCAAGUGGCUCAGAAAGGACUUUGCACAGUGGGACCGUACAAGGCGGAACUUAACGUCACCGGAUCGACGAGGAUCCAACAACGAGGCGUACAGAAGCGCGUUGCAGGCGUUUCUGGAUCGUCGUCGAGAACCAGCCGAAGGAUCAGAGGCGAGUCAAUCGCCGGAAUUCAGCCCGCAUAACAAUCGGGUGGAAUUAUUUUGCAAAAAUACUAAAGAUGACGUAAAACAGCCUGAAGAUAAAGACCUCAUCCCCGGAGUUCCCUACGUCGAAGCAUCGGAGUUAUUCGAAGUCGGAUGGGUUGCCGGCACCGAGGAUCGCUAUCUCGAACUCAUUUCUGCAGAAUGGCAAUACACUCGGGUCGCUCUUCGCAGGAGUUCGCAUCCCGAUUGCAUCAACGCCGUCAAAGCCGACCUCGAAAUCCUCACGGAAAUCCGGCAUCCGCACACGUUGCUGUUGAUGGGAACAACACGUACGGACGAGCACGGAAUCGUAGCGAUUUUCGAGUCGGUUGACUGCACCCUUUACAACUAUAUCCACGAACAGGGGGAACGCAUCAGCGUCCAGGGUGCGGCGCGAUGUGCCGGACAGCUAGCCGAUGCCCUGAGGCACGCCCACGCGAGAAAAAUCAUUCACGGUGCCCUCACCUCACACUGCGUUUUUAUCGCCGCAACAGGAACCGCGAAACUCGGUGGCUGGGAGCUCGCCGUUCGAGAGGACGAGCCAAGACCGUAUCGCGAAUGGGAGGGUAGACUGAGGACCGAAAUCUUCAGAUGGCAAGCCCCUGAGAUGUUUUAUGGAGAUACGCCAAACAGGACAUGUGAUGUUUAUGCCCUUACACUACUAAUUUGGGAAAUGUGUACAGGUCAAGUACCUUGGAGUGGUUUGAAUGAAGCAGAAAUCGAGCGUCAGUACAUACACUGGGAACGAGGGAUCGCAAUGGACACGUACAGCUUUCCACCGCUACUCAGCAAUCUGCUCGAAGCUGGGCUCCAGCUAGAUGUUAAUAAAAGAAAACUAGACAUGAAUCGUGCUCGCAGAUUUUUACGAAAACUUGAGCUCAAAUAUGAAGAAGAAGCCCUCAUCUACGUCGACCGACAUUCCAACAACAAUAAUCCGCACGUAAAAACGUUCAAUGCGCCCGUUGCUACUUCGCCGCUGAUUAAAUCGCCUGCGUUAACACCCAAGCGGGAAUCGAUUGAAAUCAACAAUACCUUGAUGGGAAAGAAGCUCUUUAAUUGUGAGAAAACGUCCAAGGAUGAGGCGAUGCGUAAAAGCCCUGACAAUGAAGUUCACUCCAAAAAAUGUAAAGCGUACGGACAUGAUGCCGAAUCUAGAGAUUCUGCCGAUCGGCUGAAAAAAAAUACAAACAUAUAUUUAGAUUCCCAGAAGAAAAACUAUGGCCAUCUAUUUUGUCCUAGUCCUAGAAAAGAAGUCUCUGAACUGUCUGUAAAGAUGGAUCAGAGAGAGAAGCCAAUUCAUCCGGAUGGAAGGAGGCAUAGAAGAUCUACUAAUGAAACUAUAACAAUUGAAGAUAAAAUGGAUGAAAAGAAAUAUCUCCCUACCGAUGAAAGCAGCUUCUCAGAAACAACAACUGCCACGGAAACGGCAAGCUCUAGCAGCGAUGAGUCAGCCAAUGAUACCAUGACCGAUCUAAAAAAACUCAAGGAAUUACUCGCGGAGAAAAGAUCUAACUUUUUCUACGGACACAGCUCUCCCACACACAUGAACGUACCUGAAGUAUCAGAUUCGGCCGGGAUACCUGAUGUGCCUGACAUACCACACUCAAGUCCACUGUCAAAGGAAAUGAUUCUUAAAGAGGCAAGAAGCAGAAGCUGCGAACCGUGCAAGCCAGCAAGUCACAAGAUCAACCUAGAACCACAACUCUGCAAGUCACCUACCGAGUACGAUCCAACUCUGGUCAAGUCGACGAAUCGUCAGAAUCACAGAGUACCAAAGUCUCCCUUGUCCAUUGAGCUGAAACAGGCCAUUCUGCAUCCAGAAAUGCUUCAAAGCUCAAACUCGGACAGUUUCUUCGAAACCUCGCUCUGGAAAAAGGAAAAACUAAUUUGCUUAUCAAAAAUGCGAAAAGACUACCCUCUAAUUGACGGAAAAUCAGCACCUAAAUUGCAAAGAUGCCCAAAAAAUGAUUCAACUUAUGUUAUUGAUAAUGACACUCCAGGGAGCGAAUCUAACAUGACAUACGAAAAUCAUACUAAAAUCAAUGACACGACGACUGAUUUGGAUGUGCCAGAGAAUUAUUCGUUCCAGAGUGUCCCGCUAAAAGCUCUGGGAAAAGCUCUCGAUCGGGCAACCGACAUAAUCUGUUCGGGAAAAUCCAGUAAUGAAACAUCACCGAUUAAGAGCCUACACGAUUCUCAUAUUAUUCCCGAUGAAUCUGGUGAAGAUGAAGCUAUGUUUGAAAGCUUAAAUAGAUCAAAGCUGGGAAGUGGUAAUACUGAAGAGGAUAUACAGACUAUUGAACGGUCCUCAAACCAGGAAAGCGAAUUCUUACAUUCCACCAAAGAACUUACAAAAGAAAUAUCACCUGAAUCUCAAAUAUGUGCUUCGGUAACUUUCCCUGAUACUAAAGAAAAAUCAAAAUGCGUUUCUUUUGGUCUUUCUUCUGCAGAGCUACGUAGAGAAUAUGAAGACGAUCAGAACGAAUCUUGCAAGACUCGUGAAGACAACAUCCUGUCUAAGGCGUCCAUGGUUGAUGAUUCGUUGGUACAAAGAUUGCACGACUUCACCUGCAACGAUCUUUUGAGUAGCUACGCUGUUGAUCCUAAUGAUAGUUUGAACCACUUGGCUGAAAAAAGCUUGGUAUCGACAGCCUUAAUAUUUUUAAGCAACAAAUCUCAGGAUAAGGGUUGUAGAAGUUGUCAGCACAAAAAUUUGCUGGCUAGACGAAGAUCAUUACCUGCGGGACUUGGACAGUUCAGAUCCACUGGCAAUGCUUCACCACUAGGACGUUUACCUAUACGGAGAGCGGGUGUUCCAGACAGCAUGGUAGAAGACUUAUACAUUGAUGAUGAGUUCGGUGAUAACUUGAACAUAAACAUGGUUCUGUUGGAGGAUGAAAACGAGCCUGACGACCAGGACCUACUUUCCAGUCUACUCUAAUCAUCAAACAAGUAAUUCAUUCUGUACUUUCAGUCUAUGCCUACCGAUCUUAUGCCAUUCUACGAUCAAUGAAUGAAAAACGUUUGUUAAUAAUUUGUACCUUUUAUAACUUCCAAUGUGAUUGGAACUUCAAUUUUUAUGAAAAAAGUAAGGUUGAAAAAUAUUUAUAAAAUAUUCCGAUCUUUCCAAGUGCUCUUUCUGUCUGCUGUAGCUUAUUAUCUCAACGUUUCGUUUCUCUUUGUGUGCAUCAGACAGUAAUUUUUGUAUCGUUUAUAUGACGUGAUAUUUCUAGAUUUAGACUAAUAUUUUUAAAAACAUCUAUCUUGAUUGUUUAUCUUCGAAAAAUCUCAAGGUUUUUGAACUUGAAUAAUGACAAAUGUGAUAGUAAACGUACGUCCAGAAAAUAUACAGCGUAAGAUAUUCCGAUUUUAAGACAAACCAUCAUUUCAAAACAAGUAUGAGCAUAAUUGAACUGAUGUUCCAAUGGUAUGAAUAUCAUCUUGAUAUCAUUUGUUCCUAUCGCACCAAAGAUAAAACAUCUUGCACCAAAAAGGUGAAAGAAAAAGCAGGAACUCAUUUAUAAUUGCUUCUAAGUUCUAUCAGUAUUUUAGUGUACCCAGCUUUUUAUUUUUAAUUUAAAAUAAGUUAAUUUUAUACUUGAUAUAUAUAAAAAAUGAGCUGUUGAAUAGUACUGUAAAUCCGUAUCAAUAUAUUCUUUCCUGUGUUGAAAUA